AUGCAAGAAUUUAGCGCAGGCACGUGUUGGAUUGAAAACCGUGAGACGCUGCAAUUAAUCCAAGAGCGAAACUUGCGAUAUCCAAACGGUGGCCCAGAGGCGUCACGCCUGUCAGCAGCCGCGCGGAAGAAGCUGGGCACGCUGGGCGUGCAGCUGGACCGGCUUUUAAGAUGGCUGGACACUUCAGACGCCGAAGCUCUCUCUGAGCCGGAGAAGAACCGGCGGCGGGACCUGCUGUACGACCUGCGAAACCGGAGAGAACAGAUGCAGCUGGCGAUAAAGCGGAGCCAAGGGCAAUCAGACAGGGAUGCGCUGUUCGGGGGGCCCAGCGCCAGUGGCGGGCCAGCCGCUCCCCCCCGGGAGACGGAGUCCACAGCAGGCCUAGACAACCGCGGGCUGCUGGGGCUGCAGCAGCAGGUCAUGCGGCAACAGGACGAGGAGCUGGAGGCCAUGGAGAAGGUCGUCCACAACACCAAGCACAUCGCACUGGCGAUUGGUGAGGAGGUAGACCUACAGACGCGGCUGCUAGACGACCUCGCGGAUGACGUGGACGUGACACACAACCGCCUGCGAGCAGCUACGGCGCGCGUCAGGCAUGUGCUCAAGUCCUCUAGCAACUGGCGCUUGGGCAUGUGCGCCUUCCUACUCGUCAUCACGCUGGUCGCGGUCAUCCUCCUCACCGUCAAGCUGAGCAAGUUCUUUUGA